UGCUCUAGAGUUCAAACAACAGCACUUCUUAAAAUUACGAUAAAUGCUUCACUUUGUAAUAGUCUAGAAGAUCCCAUGUGGGCGAAUUUUCGUUUGCUUGGAUUGAAAUGAGCAUAAGUUUAGCGAGUAAAUAUACGCCAGGAAGCGUUACUGGACUAUAAAAUAAUGGGACACCACAACAGGCGACCUCAAGUAUCGUUUGUUGAUUUACCUACAAUAGAUAGAAGCGGUGUUUAAUGCCGAUAAACAUAAGCAGUGUGCCGGGGGUGAUGCGGGGCGUAUUCGACACAUUUCAGGUAAGAAUGUGAUGUUUGCCGAUUAAUCCUAUGUUGGCUGUUUACCGAAUUUGCGAGGGUAUCGCUACACCAGUAAUACAGCUCCUGUCCUAUGAAUUUCCCCAAAUUUGUAACAAUAUAUCAAGUUGCACCCAUUUUAAUCUUGUUUACUGUAGAUGUAGCCUAUACUAGUGGCUUAAUCGCUUUAUUUACCUCAGCUGACGUCGUGUUGCCAAAUUUUGUUGCAAUCUCUCUUACUAAUUUCCACCGAAAUAUAGCCUUUUUAGGCUAUAUGGUAUGUCAGAGCCACAGGAAUCCGCGUAAAUGAUGAAAAUGUGUGUAUCUGACAUCCUGACGUGAGCCCAAUUGGAAUACCGUGAUAGGUUAUUGUGUGCAGAAUUAUAAACACGUCCGUAAAAGCCUUUUGUUGUUACUGGGUGAACAGGUAUGAAUAUAAACCGGCGAAGUGUCCCAGCUCCACCAUUGGAAUUAGUAAAGUUUCCGCAUCCCGUGUUGACCUAAGUAAGCAGAUGAGGCCUAGGAAACAGGAGUGUGUAUAAAGAUUGGCCCAGUUGAUAAGGCGAUUUCAGUAUUAUUACCACUAUCCAAAAGGUUACACCAGAAAUAAGAGCGGACUUUCCCACGAUAGAGCUGAGCUUACGCCCCAGUUUAUUUAAUUCCACAAAGCCCGGGGUCAGUUGUAGCCCACCAUGUGCAGGGUGGGGUAUCUGGGGAAUCUGAUCUUACCUUACAGAUACCAAAAACAGCACCUGAGGUCCCUACAAGUGUCUUGCUGGAGGAAGGUCACCAAGGCACCUCUCCAGCCACCCCCGGGGUCCUCGGCCUCGGCGGCCAUGGCGGCGGCAGCCACCGCGUCCGGCGCCCCCCAGUCUCUGAAGCUCACUUAUCCAGAGACCCUGGACCGCAUCAAGGAGGAGUUCCAGUUCCUGCAGACGCAGUACCAAAGUUUGAAGUUGGAGUGUGAGAAGCUGGCCACAGAGAAAACUGAAAUCCAGAGGCAUUACGUGAUGUACUAUGAGAUGUCGUAUGGCCUUAACAUCGAAAUGCACAAGCAGACGGAGAUCGCCAAGCGGCUGAACGUGAUCUGCGCCCAGCUCGUCCCGUUCCUGUCGCAGGAGCACCAGCAGCAGGUGAUACAGGCCAUGGACCGCGCCAAGCAGGUGACUAUGGGGGACUUGAAUGCUUCCAUAGGGCAACAGCUCCAGGCCCAGCACCUGUCCCAGCACGCUGCACAGGGCCUGCCCAUGCCUCCCCACGCCUCAGGACUGCAGCACCCUGGCCUGGCCCUGGGUGGGACCUCUGGGCUGCUGGCUCUCUCUGGCGCUCUGGGGGUCCAGCUGGCCGCCAAGGACGAGAGGGCCCACCUGGAGGCGGCGGCAGCGGCGGCGGCGGCCGAACACCUCAGAGAUCGUGAGGCAGGACCCAGCUUGCUGUCCAAUGGGGAUAAAGGCCGCCCAUCCGAGUACCUCAGCAAUGGGAAGAAGAGGAAGGCGGACGAGAAGGAGUUAAUGGCGGACUACGGCAGCGAUGCUGAGAAGAGCGAUGAUAAUUUGGUCGUGGAUGAGGACCCUUCGUCCCCUCGCAGCGUGCAGUCCUACUCCUCCCGUGAGAACGGCUUGGACAAGCUGCCUGCCUCCCGCAAGGAAAUCCCUCCCCAGGCCAGCCCCACGUCUCUGGCCUCCUCCAGCAGUGCGGCCUCACCCUCCCGUGGCAAAGAUCCCCCCCCAAGGGAGAAAUCUAGCACCCCUGUGAUGAAGCCGGGGACCCCCAUGCCAUCAGAAUCGUCCACCCCUGGCCCCAGUGCCCCCCCGCAGUUCCGCCCGGUUCCGGGGAAGUCGGCGGUCGACCCCCUUGCUCUGGGCCUGAGAAACCCUCUGGCAGUGCACAGCGCCUAUCCCUCCGGGGCGUUUGGGCUGCCCCCUCCUGGCGUGAAUGGGGAGAUGAGCGCAGCGGCCGCCGCGGCGUACGGAGCCGGCCUGCACCUGGUCUCCCCGCAGCUCAAUGGGGCGGCAUCGGCUGGCUAUGGGAGGUCCCCUGUGGUUGGGUACGACUCUCCUCACCCCCACAUGAGGCUGCCAGGGCUGCCUGCGGGCUUGCAGGCCUCUGCCGCUGGAAAGCCCGCCUACUCCUUCCAUGUGAGCGCAGAUGGGCAGAUGCAGCCGGUCCCCUUUCCCCCCGACGCCCUGCUGGGCCCGGGCAUCCCGCGCCACGCCCGACAGAUCCACACCCUGAACCACGGGGAGGUGGUGUGCGCCGUCACCAUCAGCACCUCCACGCGCAACGUCUACACCGGCGGCAAGGGCUGCGUGAAGGUGUGGGACAUCAGCCAGCCGGGCAGCAAGAGUGCCAUGGCCCAGCUGGAUUGCCUGAACAGAGAUAAUUACAUCCGGUCCUGUAAGCUGCUCCCCGACGGACGCACCCUCAUUGUCGGGGGGGAGGCCAGCACGCUGUCCAUCUGGGACCUGGCCACGCCCACCCCCCGCAUCAAGGCGGAGCUGACGUCGUCGGCCCCCGCCUGCUACGCCCUGGCCAUCAGCCCUGAUAACAAGGUCUGCUUCUCCUGCUGCAGCGACGGCAACAUCGUGGUCUGGGACCUGCACAAUCAGACCCUCGUCAGGCAGUUCCAGGGCCACACGGAUGGGGCCAGCUGCAUCGACAUCUCUAACGACGGGACCAAGCUGUGGACGGGGGGGCUGGACAACACGGUGCGCUGCUGGGACCUGCGGGAGGGCCGGCAGCUGCAGCAGCACGACUUCACCUCCCAGAUCUUCUCCCUUGGAUACUGUCCCACCGGCGAGUGGCUGGCCGUGGGCAUGGAGAGCAGUAACGUGGAGGUUCUGCACGUCUCCAAGCCCGACAAGUACCAGCUGCACCUGCACGAGAGCUGCGUGCUCUCACUCAAGUUCGCCUACUGCGGUAAAUGGUUUGUCAGCACGGGCAAAGAUAACCUCCUGAAUGCCUGGAGGACACCGUAUGGAUCUAGUAUUUUCCAGUCAAAGGAGUCAUCCUCGGUGCUCAGCUGCGACAUCUCUCCUGACGACCAGUUUAUUGUCACGGGCUCAGGUGACAAGAAGGCCACCGUGUAUGAAGUCAUCUACUGAGGACAGUGCUGAUUGGAUUUGUGGGCGGUGGCGAGGACCAAGCAGCCAAUCAGUGACUGGAGUGGGGGGGUGCUUUGAACCAGAAGGACACCUGUAUUUUUUUUAUUUUCUUCUUCUUGCCUAUGAAAUGGAUUUGAGGGGAAGAUCGGAUCUUCAGGAGCCAGAGCUGUGUGUGGCUCAGAAACAGCUAUCAGUCUAGCAACAGAAAUGUGAUUCUUCCAAAGAAUGUUUUGCUUUUUUUCCUUCUUUUUUGAAACUUUAAAAUUUAUUAUUUUUUUUUAAAUCUCUACAUGUUCUUCACGAGCAAAGUGACUUCGGCUUGUGUGACUCGGGACCCCCAGGGGUGUGGACGCUUCUAAAAGUCACCAUUGAGUUGCUUCGACUCGGCUGCUUUCAGUCAAUGUCUCUGUGCUGACCUCAUCUUAAUGGCAUUAACGUUAGACAGCCGGUAGCGGGAUUCAGGUUUGCGCUAGUGGUCGACUUAACGGCACAAAUGAUGACCGAAUGCAGUGCGAAAGAUGCUGAGAGAUGUUCGUGGCUUCAGAAAAAACCCCCAUAAAUGAGAAAUCAUCUAAAGUUUUCUACUGACUGUUGACAUUUUACCAGCCCUUGGUAACUUGCCUGAUACCCCCCCCCCCCCCCCCCUCCCCAAGCCUUUUUGAAUUAAACAGCAGUGCAGCAUGGUACCCUGAACUGGCGGCAGACGGAGUGAGCAGACACAGUGGGGUGGAGCCCCCUGCUGGAUUUCGGAUCUUUUGUCACAUAGGGCGUCCUGACAGCUGAUGAUGCAUCUUGUCUGUCAGUACAAAGUUCCAAAGGCUCUGCUCGUCUUUGACAGCCCCAUGUGUCCCUAAGGGGUACAGCAUCCGGCAGCAGACAAGAGCCCCUGCCUAAGUCACCCAUGUACCUCAAAGCAGCUCUCAGUCUAACUUCAGUCAGUUUUCAGCAUUUUUGUAUUUUUUUUUUUUUUGAAAAACAGUACCUGUGUGUGAGAAGCCUUUGGAACUGCUGUGCGAUUCACGCCACCUGUGAACCUUGCUGAGUCUGUCAUGGUGAGCUGAAUGCUUUGACCCCCCCACCCCAGCUGCUGCCCCCCUAGGGUUUCCAGGUGGCAGCAUGCCUCAGGUUGGGCCUUUUUGCUCCCAGAAGUUUGUGUCAGCCUGUGGAUUGAUUUUUGGAGGGUGGGGGUGUGCAUGAGACUGACGCUCUCCCACCUCCUGUGCAACAACCUUGUUCUGUAUACAAAGAAUCCAGAAUGCAGGGCUUGUGAAAUUUAGUUUAUUUUUUUUGGGGGGGGGCAGCAUAAGUGCUGGAAAUGUUAGGUCUUGCAAAGUUGGGAAAUUGUAGUUGUAGGUGGUGUAAUGGAACGAUUAAAGCUAAUUUUGUAUGUGUG